GCCCUGAGCGCGCGAUGCUGCUCUGGGCUCCUCGGCACCGCCUCGCGCCGUCCCGGUGGUCCUGAGCGUGCGAUGCCCAGCCCCGUGCGCCGCCCGCCUGGGGCCGCGGCGCCUCCUGGCUUGGCCAUGCUGCCCGCGGACGGCUCGGCGCUGCUGCGGGCCGUGGCCCAGGGCAAGUUUCGCCUCACCCGGCUGCUGCUGGAGGGGGGAGCCUACAUCAACGAGGGCAACGCCGCGGGGCAGACGCCGCUGAUGGCCGCGUGCCGGGCUCGCUACGCCGACCCACUGGAGCAACCCCGCAUGGUUCGGUACCUCCUGGAGAACGGCGCCGACCCCAAUAUCCCCGACAAGACGGGCAAGACGGCGCUGAUGCACGCCUGCGCCGAGCGCGCCGGGGCCGCCGUGGCCGCCGUGCUGCUGGCCCACGGCGCCGACCCCAGCGCCCGCGACUACGCCGGCGCCUCCGCUCUGGUUUACGCCAUCAACCGGGGCGACCGGGAGACGCUGCAGGCGCUGCUGGACGCCUGCAAGGCGCAGGGCAAGGAGGUGAUCAUCAUCACCACCGACACGUCGCCCUCGGGCACCAAGACCACGCGGCAGUACCUGAACUCGCCCCCCUCGCCGGGGCUGGAGGAGAAGCGCUCGCCGGCGCUCUGCAUGUCCCCCUCCGACAUCGAGGUGCGCACGGCGGCCUCGCCGGCGGGCAGCGAGAAGGAAGAGGAGCGGGACGUCUUCCGCUUCCCACCGCCGCCACCGCCGACCGCCGCUGCCGUGCCGGAGCCAUCCCGUGCCCGAGGACGGCCUCUCAAGCGCCUCAACUCGGAGCCCUGGGGGCUGGUGGCCCCGGGGGUCGAGACGUCGCGGGCUCCCCCGGAGCGUUUGGCCCCGGGGCUGGAGGGGCUGAGCCUCAACACACGUCCCCGGCGCCACAGCGUCGAGGGCAGGGAGGCCGCGGGGCUGGCGGGGGCGGCCUGGGCCGAGCGGGUGCCUCCGGCUUGCCCCCAGCCGCUGGCACGGCGCAACACAGCCCCCGAGGCGGCGCGGGUCAAAGCGGGGCGCCGCGAGCCCCCUGACCCCGAGGGCUGCCCCUGGCCCCCCUCGCCACCCCCUUCGCCGGGGCGUGGGCGGCGAUGCGCGGCCUCGGCCAUGCCGCUGCCAACCCCCGAGUCCCCCCCGGGUGCCCGCCGCCGUGCUCCCGGCUUGCUGGAGCGCCGCGGCUCCGGCACACUCCUGCUGGAGCCGCUGGCCUCGGGGCGCGCUGGCUUCUUGCCCCCCCUGCACGCCGGCCCACACCCCCCCGGCCCCCGCGGGCUCCCAGUUCCCGGCUCGCCCAAGGGCCGCCGCAAGCUGCUGCGACGCCACUCGAUGCAGACGGAAGAGAUGCGGCUGCUGGCCAACUUCCAGAGCGCCCUGAGCCUGGAGCCGGGCACCUAAAGGCCCCCACGACCUCCCCAGAGCGAUGCCCACAGCGUUCCGUCCCCUGCCCACGUGCGCUGGCCCGGAGGGGGUCCCAGUCCCGGUCCCAGUCCUGGCUGCCGCGGGGACACCCCGUGAAGGGACCAAGCUUGUGGGCUGCCGUCCUCUCGCCGUGGUGGCCGUGAGUCUGCCGGGGCAGCGGGGACCGUGAGGACGGAGAGCCCGACGGCACAGGCACCGGCAUGGGGCUCCCCGGGCAGGCUGGUGGCAACGUUCACUCUGAACCCUACUGAUGCCUGUGGGGGAACACGAAACAAUUCUUCCACUGCUGCCAUUGGCAGAAACUUUGCACGUUUUUCAGGAGCUGCCAUCCCGCAGCUCCCUCGCAUCUUCAUCCUGCUCCUUCCUCCCCCCCCCCCCCCCCCCCCAGCACCGCUUCUCCCCGUGGAUCUCGGCGGCAGCAGCUGACAACCAGACCGCGCUCCGGCUGCCGCCCUGCCCCCCCCCCUUUUUAGGGCCAGCGUUUUAGGGUGUCCCCGCUGGCCACACGCUGCUCGGGGCCGGGUGUGCUGAGCAAUAACAGCCGCGGGACGCCCGUGUCCCGGGACAGCCCCUUCCCGGGGGGGGGGGGUCUCUCCCCUGGGUUUGGCCACAGGGACGCGCGCGCCCCCUGCGUGCUGGGGGGGGGUGUUCCCAGGGGGGAGCAGGGAUGGGGACACACUGCCGGCACCCCCACAAAUAAAGGCCUGGCACAGCUCA